GAUUUACGGUCAAAAGAGAAUCAUGAAGUUCAUUAUUUUGCUUUGGGGGCUCUUUGUAGUACCUCCUGUUGCUCUUACUUCUCGCUUUGACAGGGGAAAGGUGUUUCGGGUGAAUCUUCAAAAUGCAAACCAAGUGAACUUCCUAAAGGAGCUGGCCUCUAAAGUACAGCUUGGUAUUUGGCGUCCUGAUUCAAUUCAUGAAAUUGUCGUUGGAACCAGUGUGGAUUUCCAAGUCAAUUCUGAGCAGACAAGCUAUGUCCAGACAAUGCUGGAGCAGAACAGAACAUCUUUUGAAAUUUUAUUCCAUGAUCUUCAAGAAGAAAUUGAAAAACAAUUUGAUGGAGGGAAACAUUCCCGUACGAAGCACAGCUAUACCAGAUACAAUGACUGGGAAAAGAUUGCUGCAUGGAUGGAAAGACUAGCUAAAAAAUAUCCGAAACUGGUUUCCCAGAUUGAGAUUGGAAAGACCUAUGAAGAGCGCACCAUGUCCCUUCUUAAGGUUGGGAUGGAGAGUGGCAGAAAGAAGGCCAUCUUUAUGGAAUGUGGUGUUCAUGCACGUGAAUGGAUUUCACCAGCCUUCUGCCAAUGGUUUGUAAAACAGGCUGUCACAAGAUAUGGACAUGACAAAGCCAUGACAAAACUAUUGGACAACUUGAACUUUUAUGUCCUUCCCGUAUUCAACAUUGAUGGUUAUGCCUGGACGUGGAAUAAAGAAGGGGAUCGCAUGUGGAGAAAGAAUCGUGCCAAAACUUCUGACAGUGGCUGUAUUGGUGUUGACUUGAACAGGAAUUUCAAUGCUGCUUGGGACAGUGAUGAUGGGAGUUAUAUACAAGAACCUUGUGGGCAAAUAUACCGUGGUCCCUCUGCAGAGUCUGAGCCAGAAACAAAAGCCCUUACAAAUUUCAUUCGUAACCACAUUUCUUCUCUCAAGGGAUACAUAAGCGUACAUUCCUACUCUCAACUACUGAUGUUUCCUUAUGGCUAUACUGAAAAGCUAGCACCCAAUCAUGAUGCUCUGAAUGAAGUGGCUAAGGGAGCUGUGGGUGCUUUAUCCAGUCUCUAUCAUACAAAGUAUACAUAUGGGCCAAUUGCCACUACAAUCUAUCCUUGUUCAGGUACUACACUUGACUGGGCUUAUGAUGAAGGUAUUAAGAAUGCAUAUGUCUUUGAACUUCGUGACCGUGGCCAGCAUGGGUUUCUCCUCCCUGAAACAAAGAUAAGACCAACUUGUAAGGAAACAAUGCUGGGUGUCCAAUACAUUGCAGAUCAUAUCCUGACCUCUGUUCCAUGAAGAAAUGUUCACAUUUACUUAUGAAGAGAAUGAUCUCUGACUACUUUAUCCCACUUUGUAUUUCUAUCCUAUAAUCCCCCCCCCCUUGCAUCUCUUUGAAAAAUAUUUUAUCAAUGACCUUAAUAAUUUCUGUAGAGUUAGAGUGGCUUCUGACUUUCUAUAUGACAACAAUGAAGCAGGCUUAUUGUAUUUUCACAUUCUUGCAGAGUUUUAAUUAUUUUGCUUUGCUAAAUAUUUUAGGGAUAGGCAUCUUUUUAGAUCAGCCUAAAUCAGGUAUGGACAAACUAAGGCCCAGUGGCCAGAUGCAGCCCCCUGGGUGCUUACCUCAGGCCCUCCUCAUUUUUCCUGUCCUCUCAGCAUAAGAACAAAGUGGUCCGCAUCAUCCUUAUGCAGAAAGGACAGAGGAGGAAGGCACACAGUCACUGAGACCCUCUGGGAUGCUCUCAGCCACUGCAUGUCAAACCCUCCUCUAACAUAAGGACGGGGUGAGCAAUCUUGUCCUUUUACCAAGAAGAUGACCUGAGGAAGGCAUGCAGUGGUUGAGAGCCCUCUGGACCGUUCUCAGCCAUUGUCUAUUCCUCCUGACAUAAUACUUCGAGCACAGCCCCAAGAUCGGGGAGGAGAAUUGGGGCAAUCGCCGCAUGCCUCAUUUUCCUCCCAGCAUAAGGAUGGGGUGAGCAGUCCCAUCCUUAUGCCAAAAGGACAACCUGAGGAUGACCCGGAUCCUGUCCUACCCUUUCCCGGUACCACCCUCUCACAGGCCCUCUCCCGGCUGGGCCCAUCCCACCCAAUGCGUGCCUGGCUGUCCCCACUCCCAGCCAGGCCCUCUUGGUCAGGUC